UAGACUGUAGUUUUGUUGGAGCAAACCGGCGGCGUUACGGGCCCGAUGAUUUAGCUGUUAUGCCCCUUAUUACGCUCUUUAUUACUGUUGUGCCACUCCUGGUCCAUCUCAUUCUUCUAUAUUCUCAGCUCCAUACACAAUCAUCCAGUCCUUUCACUCUCCUCUGUUCACAACAACAGAGACAGCUCCUUUUACCGGGGAAAAGCACAUUCUCUUUCCAUUAACGGUGCUGAUUAAUUCCAAAUAAGCUUAAAAAUCACCUAGUGGAAUGGAGACUGAUUUAUCUGAGGAGCAGCAAUUGCCAUCUGCUCUACUAACAGCCAUAACAUUUGGUGUUUCAACUGAGACAGAAAAGGAAAAGCUUUCAGUUCUAGCUAUUGAUGCAGUAAGUCAGGUCAAUGAUCCGAAGUUGGGACUACCAAAUCCAUCUUCUCAAUGCUCUACUUGUGGAUCCAAAGAUUUAAAAUCCUGUGAAGGUCAUUUUGGGGUUAUUAAAUUUCCUUUCACAAUACUGCAUCCUUAUUACCUGUCUGAAGUUGUCCAGAUUUUGAACAAAGUUUGCCCAGGAUGUAAAUCUAUUAGGAAAGAAACCAAGCGGACUAAUUCAAAAUCUAGACAAAAUCUGGUUAAGGGUUGCAAAUACUGUGUUGCAAAUUCAAUUGGUUGGUACCCAACAAUGAGGUUCUCUGUUUCUUCAGAAGAAAUCUUCAGGAAAAAUGUAAUUAUAGCGAAAAUCGUUGAAAGACCACCACAAAAGUCCCAAAAGAAAGGACUGAAGAAAAGGUUGGCUGCUGACUAUUGGGAUAUUAUUCCAAAAGAUGAACAAGAAGAAGAAAACAUUGUGAGACCAAACCAAAGAGUUCUAUCACAUGCACAGGUUCGUCAUCUGUUGAAAGAUGUCGAUGCAAAUUUCAUAAGAAAGUUUGUUAAAAGGACAGAUUCAAUUUUCCUUAACUGUUUCUCUGUAACACCAAAUUGUCAUCGUGUGACAGAAGUUAUGCAUGCAUUUUCUAGUGGCCAGCGAUUGUCUUUUGAUGAACGGACUAGGGCUUACAAAAAACUGGUUGAUUUCAGAGGGAUAGCUAAAGAAUUGAGCUUCCGUGUUCUUGACUGCCUGAAAACUUCUAAGAUAAACCCAGACAAUUCAGUAAAUAAUGAUGAUGUCAUUGCCAUGCAAAGGAAGAUAAAUGAUUCUGCCUCCAAUCCAUCUGGUUUGAGAUGGAUUAAAGAUGUUGUUCUCGGUAAACGGAAUGAUAAUUCAUUCCGAAUGGUGGUGGUUGGUGAUCCUAAUAUUAAGCUGAGUGAAGUUGGUAUACCCUGUCAUAUUGCAGAAAGGUUGCAAAUUUCAGAACAUCUGACAGCUUGGAAUUGGGAGAAGUUGAAUACUUGUUGUGAAAUACGCAUUCUUGAGAAGGGCGAUAUGCAUGUUCGCAGGGAAGGUAAUCUUGUUCGUAUCCGUCGUACGAAGGAACUCCGUACUGGGGACAUCAUUUACAGGCCUCUAAAUGAUGGAGAUAUUGUUUUGAUCAAUAGGCCUCCAUCAAUACAUCAACACUCACUUAUUGCUCUCUCUGUUAAAGUCCUUCCAGUGACCUCAGUUCUUGCGAUCAAUCCGCUCUGUUGCUCCCCAUUUCGUGGAGAUUUUGAUGGUGAUUGCCUACAUGGCUACGUUCCUCAAUCAGUUGACACCAGAGUUGAGCUCUCUGAGCUUGUUGCUUUAGAUAAGCAGUUAACUAACGCACAGAGUGGCAGGAAUCUCCUCUCGCUCAGUCAAGAUAGUUUAGUUGCUGCUCAUUUGGUCAUGGAAGAUGGAGUUUUCAUAAGCCUAUUCCAAAUGCAACAGCUGCAAAUGUUUUGUCCUCAUCAGUUGUCUCCAGCUAUAAUAAAAGCUCCUUUACUUAAUGGCUGUGUUUGGACUGGAAAGCAACUAAUUAGCAUGCUCCUACCUAGAGGUUUGGAUCAUGAUUUUCCUUCAAAUAAUGUUUGCAUUCGUGAUGGGGAGCUUAUUUCUUCUGAAGGAUCCUUUUGGCUACGUGACACUGAUGGUAAUCUUUUCCAAAGCCUCGUCAAACAUUGCCAGAGUCAAGUUCUUGACUUUUUGCAUACUGCUCAGGAAGUUCUUUGUGAGUGGUUGUCGAUGAGGGGCUUAAGUGUCUCACUCUCUGAUUUGUACCUCUGUCCUGACUCAAACUCAUGGAAUAACAUGAUGUCUGAAGUUUUUUGCGGAAUUCAAGAUGCAGUUCACACAUGUAAUGUAAAACAGUUCAUGGUGGAUUCUUGUCAAGAUUUCCUUGCUGGAAAUGGUGAAGAUGAUCAGUAUGCCAUGGAUUUUGAUGUAGAGCGCUUGUGUUAUGAUAAGCAGAGAUCUGCUGCACUCAGUCAGGCUUCUGUUGAUGCUUUCAAGCAUGUGUUUCGUGAUAUUCAAAGUUUAGCCUACAAAUAUGCAAGUAAAGACAAUGCAUUGAUGGCCAUGUUUAAAGCAGGAAGCAAGGGUAAUCUACUGAAAUUAGUCCAACAUAGUAUGUGUCUAGGUUUGCAACAUUCACUUGUUCCAUUGCCCUUUAGAAUGCCUCACCAACUCUCUUGUGUUGCUUGGAAUAAACAAAAGGAUGACAAUGCUACUGAAUGUGCCAAGUGUUAUAUCCCAUCUGCUGUCGUUGAAGGUUCUUUUUUAACAGGCUUGAAUCCCCUAGAAUGUUUUGUACAUUCAGUAACAAGUAGAGAUAGCUCUUUCAGUGACAAUGCUGAUCUUCCUGGGACUUUAACUCGAAGACUUAUGUUCUUCAUGCGUGAUAUACAUGCUGCAUAUGAUGGAACAGUGAGAAAUGCUUAUGGGAAUCAACUUGUUCAGUUCUCCUAUAAUAAUGACACAGACAUGUCUGCACCAAGCUUUAGCCCUGGCCAUAUCUUUGAUAAUUGUGAUGGGAUAGGUGGCCAACCUGUGGGUUCAUUGGCUGCUUGUGCCAUCUCUGAAGCUGCUUACAGUGCUUUGGAUCAACCAAUCAGUCUACUUGAAAAAUCACCUCUACUAAAUCUUAAGAAUGUGCUGGAAUGUGGUCUGAAAAAGAGUAAUGCUCACAAAUCCGUGUCACUAUUUUUAUCUGAGAAACUUGGAAGGCAGAGACAUGGUUUUGAGUAUGCUGCAUUGGAAGUUCAGGACUAUUUGGAGAGAAUACUGUUUUCAGAUAUUGUUUCUAUUUCAAGGAUAAUGUUCUCUCCGCAGAGUGAGAAGAAUGAGAUCAAGACACGUUUCAGUCCUUGGGUUUGUCAUUUUCAUGUACACAAGGAAAUUAUGAAGAAGAGACGUCUAAAGGUGCAAUCUAUUAUAGAUACCCUUUAUAAUCGGUGUAAUUCAGAAAACAAUCUGCCGAAUGUGCAAAUAACAUGCAAGGACUGUUCUGUGGCUGACAAUCAAAGGGAAAAGGAAGAUAUGUUGUGUAUAACUGUUACUAUAAUUGAAAAGUCCAGGAAUUCAUCUGUGCAAUUGGACACAAUUCAAGACCUGAUGAUUCCAUUCCUUCUUGAAACAGUUUUAAAAGGAUUAAUGGAGAUAGAGAAGGUGGAUAUUUUAUGGAAUGAUAGGCCAAGGAUACCAAAAUUGCAUAAGAAUCCUUAUGGUGAGCUAUACUUGAGGGUUUCUAUGUCGGGCAGCUCAGACAAAACAAGACUCUGGAACUUACUUGUGGAUUACUGUCUCCCAAUAAUGGAUAUGAUUGAUUGGACACGCAGUCAUCCAGAUAAUAUACGUGAUUUCUGUUUGGCAUAUGGCAUAGAUGCUGGAUGGAAAUUUUUCCUCAAUAAUUUGGCGUCUGCAAUAUCUGAUGUUGGCAAGAGUGUACUUCCUGAACAUUUGCUUCUUGUUGCGAAUUGUCUAUCAGUUACAGGAGAGUUUGUUGGCCUAAAUGCAAAAGGCUGGAAACGGCAAAGAGAGCAUGCGUCAGUUCUUUCACCAUUUGUGCAAGCAUGCUUUUCCAAUCCUGGUAAUUGCUUUAUCAAAGCUGCCAAGGCAGAAAUUGUGGAUGAUCUUCGAGGGAGCUUGGAUGCUUUGUCAUGGGGAAAGAUUCCUUCUAUUGGGACUGGACAGUUUGAUAUUGUAUUCUCUGGGAAGGAAUACAAGCUUUCAAAGCCUGUGGAUGUCUAUGACCUUCUGGGUAGCCAAAUGAGUACUGACGAGCAGAAUAAUGAGUUUGAAGUGCCUUUUGCUCAGAGCUAUAAAUCUGACAAAUACAGUGCCCAGUUUGUGUACAAGACACCUUAUGACCCUAAACGAACAUUGGAAUCUUUGAGAAGGUUAUUUACAUAUAAUGAUAUUCAUAGACUCUCCCAAGCACUGAGCAAAAUCUUGAAUAAGUACCCUGUAGAUCACCAAUUAAAUGAGACUGACAAGUGUACCUUGAUGAUGGCCUUACAUUUUCAUCCUCGACGAGAUGAGAAAAUUGGAUCUGGAGCCAAAGAUAUUAAGGUUGUAAAUCAUCCAGAAUAUCAAGAUUCUCGCUGCUUUUCUCUGGUUAGAACAGACGGGACAAAUGAGGACUUCUCAUAUCGCAAGUGCGUCCAUGGUGCUCUUGAGAUCAUUGCCCCUCAAAAGGCCAGAAGGUAUCAAGAAAAAUAUUUACAAAGCCGUAAUCUGUAGUGUACCAGAUCAGAAGACCAGACAAGUACAGCUGCGGCCUUCAGGAGUGGAAAAUAACAUGUAAGAAUACCAUAAUGGAUAGCUCUCAUAUUGACUUCCCAGUGGACAGCUAACACAGUUGCUUCAGAAGAGUUGAGCUGCUAACAUCAGCAGAACCCAGCAACUGAAUAUAGUUUUGAAGCUUUUAUACCUUUUGAAAGCUGUACAUUCUCUACAGAAGUAGAUGUGCAUGAGAAGAAAGCUAGAUAGACAGAGUAAAUCUUCAUAUUUUUGUUGUCAAUAAAUGCUUUUAUUUAUUUGUUUUUUUCCCCUUAUAAGUAGGGAAGUCCACUUCCCAAGCUUCUUUUUGCUCCUUUCACUACAACUUUGUUUGCCUUCCAUUAUAUUGUAUGGCAAAGAAGAUCUAGUGAAAGCAGCAAAGAGAAGCUUGCGUGAAGCAUUCAUUUUCAUGAUGUAUUCAUAAAUACAUAUGGCAAUGAAAAAAAGAAAACAAGAAUGUUUUCCUGUCA